UCGCGAUACUGUUUCUGUUACGGGAGAAAGUAUCAAAUAUGGCGAUGUCCGUAACACUGCAAGGUUUCAUUACAAUUUACAUGAUGUUAUUUUAAUAAAUGAGUUCAGCUGAGACCCGAUUUGUUUAUUCAAACCCGAUUUAACGGACAGCAGCUUUGAAUGUUUUUACUCUGCAGUGUAUUUUCGUUAUCAAGCACAGACAACACAAACUGAGCAGCAGAGACCACCGAAUGACACACAGCCCACUUCUCCGUCCCUAUGUGCAGACAUUUCCUCUGAAGAUUCGCUCUGAAGUCACAGUAAAGAUGACGGACAGAAUGUUUGAAGAGAAACAGCAUGCCUCCCUCUAUCAAAAAUAUCGAUUUGAUCCACCAGAUGAGCUGAAGGAGCUUAUUCUCCAGUAUCUGGACAAAAAGAAAGGAAAGCCCCAUCAGCUGGCUGUGGAUUUGGGCUGUGGAACGGGGCAGACCUCUCGUCCCCUGACGGCAUAUUUUGAGCAGGUUGUGGGCAUUGAUGUCAGUAAAUCUCAGGUGGAGCAGGCGAGAGCAGUGCCAGGGUUCCCUAACCUCAGCUACAGAGUAGGCACAGCAGAGGAGUUGCCAUUCCCAGAUGGCUCAGUGGACCUGCUGACGGCUGCGUCUGCAGCUCAUUGGUUUGAUGCUGAACGUUUCAUAAAGGAGGCUACACGUGUCCUGAAGCCACGUGGCUGCUUGGCUCUCUUUGGCUAUGGAGACAAUGUGAAAAUACACUAUGAAUCCUGUGGUGAUCAACUUAAUAACAUAUAUGAGGAACAGCGACACCUGCUGGUCGUUUACAGUACUUCAGCAUCACAGGAGUCACAGUGA